CCUACCCGCUGAGCCACAGGCACCGCCCUCACCCAGCUGUUUUUUAGAGAUGGGGUCUGGCUCAGGCUGAUCUUGAACUCCUGAGCUCAGACAGUCCAUCCUCCUCGGCCUCCCAGAGUGCUAGGAUUAUAAGCGUGAGCCAUCAUACCCCACCUUAGUUUGGGUCUUAAAAUUUGAGAAAGUAGUCCUAAAGAAAAUUUUAAGGGAUGGAGAGAGAAGGGACAAGGUCCAGAAUUGCUGCACAAUGGUGUCCAUGUGCCCCCUGUUGGGGGAGCUGAGCUGUACUCAUUUCAGAAGGAUAAGGGACACUUGGUUUCCUGAGCUUAUCCCAGCACAGUGGGGACUGGCCAUGUUGGGUGGAGAGGACAGCAGAUGGUGUCAAAGAUAAACUAAUCUGUGAACUCAAGGGAGGAGAUAGGUCUUUGAGGAGCCUGCAGGACAAAGAUAGACAACUGGAUAAAGACCUAGAUGGUACUCAGGUAUAACCCCUGUCUGAGCCAUGGCUCCCACACUCAGGAACCAGACUUUGUGGGUGAGGACAUGAUGUCCCUCCUGCCAAGUUAAUAAUUUUCUCCCCAAGCAGGAAUAGAGUUCUGCUACAGCAGCUCCUACUCAGACUGCCUGUCAAAAUCACCCUACAGCUCAGGAUUAAGGAGCAGGGUCAUGGGGAUGUGGGGUUUUAGGGGAUCCCUCAGGAAAUGCCUUUCUCCCCAGAAUUUUGUAAUGAAGGCCCAUGUACUUGUAGGUGUGUCGGUCAUGGUGGGCUUCGCAGUGGGAAAGGUUCCUGCUCCUGAGGUCCGGACCUGCCAUUUCUGCCUCUUAGAAGACCCUUCUGUAGGGUGCAUUUCAGGCUCGGAGAAGUGCACCAUCAGUAGCUCAUCCCCAUGCAUGGUGAUCUCCAUCUAUCAUGACAUCAAGGUUCGCUUUACCAUCCGAGGCUGUGGACAGUACAAUUCCUACCGCUGUCAAGAACGACGUAACACCUACUUCCCAGAGUACUGGUAUCAGGCUGAGUGCUGCCAGUAUGAUUACUGCAAUUCCUGGUACAGCCCCCAGCUCCAGAGUUUCCUGCCUGAGCCUUCUGAUAAACCCCUAGUUCUGCCACUGUCUGACUCCCAAAUCCAACGAUUCUACCAGGCCCUCAACCUCUCACUGCCCCUACCCAGCAUUGGUACUAGGAAGGACCCUGAAGGCCUGGACCCUCUGGCCUCCUUGUCCCUGAACCUGGGCUUGUCCAUUGCUGCCCUACGCCGCAUGUACUUGUUCCUCAACAGUUCAGGACUUUUGAUUCUUCCCCAGGCUGGACUCUGACACCUUUUCCCAGAUUCCACCCUGUUCCAGCAUCUCUGUCUAACUUCCCCAGCAUCCUGCUCUGCCCUCUCAGAGAACACUCACUUUUUUUUGGUCACUAUGAUUUUUUUAGACCUCCCUCCUCUGUACUCCAGCAUUUAUGUGGCUUUGGUUUAAUUCUUCUCCUGAACCCUGAUGCUGCUCCUCCUAGAAAAGAAUCUCAAGUGUGGAUUCUGCCCAGGCCGACAACUCUCAUCCCUUUCCCAUCAUCAGAGUGUUCUUUCAUCUCCUAUCCCCUCUGUCUGAUGACCUGCCACUUCUAUUUACAUCUACCUCUAAGACCUAGACUGAAUUGCAGCAAGAAGGAUGGAGUGGGGCUUGGCGCCCAUAGCACAGUUGUUACAGUGCCGGCCAUAUGCACCAAGUCAGGCGGGUUCAAACCCACCCCGGGCCACCUAAACAAUAAUGACAACUGCAACAAAGAAAUAGCCAGGCGUUGUGGCGGGCACCUGUAGUCCCAGCUACUUGGGAGGCUGAGGCAAGAGAAUCACUUAAGCCCAGAAAGUUUGAGGUUGCUGUGAGCUGUGAUGCCACAGUACUCUACAGAGGGUGACAUAGUGAGACUCUCAAAAAAAAAAAAAAAAGGAUGAGGGGUAGACUUCUGUGCAGAUUUUUUGGCAGUCUGGUGUCCCUGCCUCACUGUCUCUACCAUCCCCUCCCAUGGUCUCCUGUCUUCUGUCCUCUUUAUCACAGUCUCUGUCCUCUUAAGCCCCAUUUCACCUCACUGAAUCAUGAUACCCACCUCAAUUAGGGGCCUGGUGAGAGGAGCUGGGAAGGUCUGUUUCUCUGCUCCAAAUCCCCUGUUUUCCUCCAAAUCCCCAAUAAACUGGGACUGGGCUAAAUUUGUGUCAACAUUGUUACGGGGUCAGGCCCAAGUAUGGACAGGUAUGAACAAGUUAGAGAGUUAAUUAGGUGUGGGAUUCAAACAGAAUUGCAGAGCCCAGCCCACUCCAUUUGGCCUUGUGGUUUCCUCUGUGCCUGCCCCAAAGGCCCCACAUCCUUCUCUACCCUCUGUUUAGCCAGAGAUCAAAGCCUGAGGACUGACUCCUUUCAUCCAUAAACAUACAGUACAAAACCUAGAAAGUUAAACCCUCCUGAUGUUAAAUUUUUUUACCUAAAAGAAAAGGAAAAACUUUAACCCAGGAAAACUUGAGCUCAGACAUGCAUCCCAGAGUCACCUGGUACUGAA